AUAUUGUUAACGUUACGUUAUACACAGGCUACUUAAUAAUAACAUGUUCAAAUAAGCACUUUAGCUAUUAUUAAAACUAUUUAAACCAGUUUUAUUCUCAAAUAAUUCCAUUUAGCAGCAUAUUAAUAUUUUUCUUUAAUGUUUUCAAAGAACACGUGACUCGUAUGACGUAAUCAAAACAAAUCCGUUGAUCGGCGCUCGAUUGAUUUAACAGUCGCUGAUGUUUGUAGGAAGUCAUGUGAGCCGGGACAUAUGGCGGCUUUGAUCAAUCGUUGAUAUUGAAAAACAUUGCGAUCUACCUCUGUCAUCACCCGCGAGGAAAUAUUCACCGGGUUUACGUUCUGUACAGAAGCAAUCGCGGUUUUUCGGACCGUCGUCUCUGAAUUAUUUAAGUUUAUAGAGGUGCUAGGGCUUUUAUUCUGCUUUGGCAGUAGCUGCUCUCAGCCUCUGCUCCCCGCUUUCAGUUGAGUGUCGCAGACAGCAGGUCCUGGUAUUUUAUAGGUGAUGCUUGUGAUGAGAGUCCGCCGCGGAAACACAUUUUAGGGCGUCGUCUUGUCUGUAAACAAUAAGCGCGUGACACGAGCAAAAACCUUGGAUGAAACAUUAAUACAUUGAUUCAGUCAUACACUAACUGAACUGUCAUCUAAUGAGACUUUCUCUUUAUUCACUGGGCUUAAUUCAGAGAUCAGUUUUAACAGUUCAUAGUUGUAAUUUAAGGGCUUUUUCGGAAACACUUUGAAAAAAUGAACACAGAAAAGGAUUUUUCUCCAUUGACACCAAACAUUGUGAGAGCUCUCAACGACAAACUGUACGAGAAGAGGAAGGUGGCAGCUCUUGAGAUUGAAAAGCUUGUACGGGAAUUUGUCGCCCAGAACAACUCUGCACAGAUCAGACAUGUCAUCCAGAUACUGGCCACAGAGUUUGCGCUCUCCCAGCACCCUCACAGCCGAAAAGGAGGCCUCAUUGGGUUAGCGGCGUGCUCCAUUGCCCUGGGAAAAGAUUCUGGAUUGUACCUUAAAGAACUCAUUGAUCCGGUUCUUACCUGUUUCAAUGAUUCUGACAGCCGUCUGCGCUACUAUGCCUGUGAGGCCCUUUACAAUAUAGUGAAGGUUGCCAGGGGAGCAGUGCUGCCCCACUUCAAUGUGCUGUUUGAUGGGCUUAGCAAGCUCGCUGCAGAUCCUGAUCCAAACGUAAAGAGUGGAUCUGAGCUCCUGGAUCGGCUUCUUAAGGACAUUGUAACAGAGAGCAACAAAUUUGACCUAGUGGCUUUUGUCCCGCUUUUGCGCGAGAGGAUUUACUCAAACAACCAGUAUGCCCGCCAAUUCAUUAUCUCAUGGAUCCACGUAUUGGAGUCGGUUCCUGAUAUCAACCUCCUGGAUUAUCUGCCAGAAAUUCUAGACGGACUCUUUCAGAUUCUUGGAGACAGCAGCAAAGAGAUCAGGCGGAUGUGUGAGCUGGUUUUGGGGGAGUUCCUGAAAGAAAUUAAGAAGAAUCCAUCCAGUGUCAAAUUUGCGGAAAUGGCUAACAUAUUAGUCAUCCACUGUCAAGUGUCUGAUGAAUCAAAGUCGACUAACGAUCUCAUCCAGUUGACGUCAAUGACAUGGAUGAGAGAAUUCAUUCAGCUUGCUGGAAGAGUGGUACUGCCGUAUUCCUCUGGCAUACUGACCGCAGUGCUGCCUUGUCUUUCCUAUGAUGACCGCAAAAAGAGUACUAAAGAGGCUGCCAGUGCAUGUAAUCAUAGCCUGAUGAAGCUUGUGACUCCUGAAGAUGAUGAAGAAGAUGAAGAAUCGCAGACCAAAUCUUCCCCUCCGGGCGAUGGGACUCCAUCUAAGAAAGAGGGUGAUCUGAAUGAUUCCCUAAAUGAGUCUCAGGAGUCAGUAGGCUUCAGCAACAUCUCCUUCUUCACUCCAGCAAGUUCUGAGAGGUCUGCUGUAACUCUGGAUCUGGAUGGCAUAGUGCAAGUACUGGACAGACAUUUACACGAUUCAUCCACCGGAAUGAUGACUCGCAUCGCUGUGUUGAAGUGGUUGUACCAUUUGUACAUCAAGACCCCUCGCAAGAUGUUCAAGCACACAGAUAGUUUGUUCCCCAUGUUACUGAAGACACUAUCAGAUGAAUCUGAUGAAGUGAUUUUAAAAGACUUGGAGGUUUUAGCAGAAAUUGCAUCAUCACCUGCUGGUCAGACGGACACAUUUGGGUUGUGCGACAACUUGGAUAGCAAAACAGAGCUUCAUAUUCCAGGUGGGGUCAGAGAUGGGCAGCCAGUGGUGGUUGGAUCAAAAGUGACAGAUUUAUCUCCAUCGACUCCCAGCAUGAAUUCAUACUUCUACAAGUUCAUGAUUAAUUUGCUCAAGCGCUUCAGUUUAGAGAGGAAGCUUCUAGAAAUGAGAGGGGCUUUCAUUAUCAGGCAGCUGUGUCUCCUCCUGCAUGCAGAGAACAUAUUUCACUCUAUGGCGGACAUCUUACUCAAGGAGGAAGAUCUGAAGUUUGCCUCCACCAUGGUGCAGACACUUAACACUAUUCUGCUCACCUCAGCUGAACUCUUCCAGCUGCGGAACCAGCUCAAGGACUUGCGCACACAGGAAAGCUGUGCUCUUUUCUGCUGCCUCUAUCGCUCUUGGUGUCAUAAUCCAGUGGCCACUGUGUCGCUCUGCUUCCUGACACAGAACUAUCGGCAUGCCUACGACCUCAUCCAGAAAUUUGGAGAUCUGGAGGUAACUGUGGACUUCCUCAUGGAGGUGGAUAAACUUGUUCAGCUAAUCGAGAGCCCCAUCUUCACCUACCUUCGUCUGCAGCUACUGGAUGUAGAGCAUAACCCAUAUCUCAUCAAGGCUCUGUACGGCCUGCUGAUGUUGCUUCCUCAGAGUCAGGCGUUCCAGCUGCUCUCACAUCGGCUCAGCUGUGUGCCAAACCCUGAACUCAUGAGGACCGUGGAAGACCCAAAGGCACCUGUCAAAGACAAACGAUUAGCCCAGCCACACAUCGACUACUGUGAACUGCUCCAGCACUUUGACAGAGUCCAGAGCAAACACCUGGAGGUGAGGCAUCAGAGGGCGGGACGCUCUGAGCACCCAGACAGGAAGUUGUAAAGGUCACAUACAGGAUGGGAUUACGCAGCCUUUGUCCAAAAAGACUGGAACCUCAGCAGGACCUGUAGUCGGCAUCGACGUGUCACCUUAUUCAGUUUUUAAUGUAUCCGAGCUACUAUAGGCAUGAGGGACUUCAGUGUGCUUUAUUUUUUAUGCUACGUGAAGUGCUUUAUAAUCAGGUGCUGGAGUUGAUGUAGUAUGUACACACUUGGACAUAAUUGGACUAGGUCAUCUGUUACAGAUUAAGGGCCAAUGGUUAUCAUUCCCAACCGACUGGUUUAAUAUAACCCUCCCCAAACCAUUUGUACAGAACACCUUGCACGUAGUCCUGGAUGUUUAUUAGGAAUUUUUAUCUAAAACAUGAUGUCUUCUCAUGACAAGUGCUGUAAAUGAGUCUUUAAUGGACAUUUGUCUUUUUUUGUAUUGCGAUUUUAUCUCUCACACAAACCACCAACAACAUUCACGGUUUCCUCAGCAUUCCCUUAGGAGUCUGCUUGUCAUUUUUCCCACGUUAACAUAUUCAUUCUUGGCCUUAUGUACGUGCAAGCCAUUUCUCUGUAAUGUGAAGACAAAGUUACAAUAAAGUGGACCAUCAUCA